UUGGGAAUACAAUCAUAAAGGAGGGAGAUGUUCUGAAUCUGACCUGCAGUGUUGAAAGUUUUCCUCCAUCUCUGAUUAUGUGGUCUAAACUUGGUUCUGAUAUAACCCUUCACAAUGACACUGGAUCAGCCACACUCUACAUAAUUAAUGGUAACACUGGACAUUCUGGACAGUACGUCUGUACAGCGAAAUACAUGAACAAUACCCUGCAGGAAAACAUCAACAUAACAGUGAUGUAUACAAGGACACCUCAAAUCACUGGGAAUACAAUCAUAAAGGAGGGAGAUGUUCUGAAUCUGACCUGCAGUGUUGAAAGUUUUCCUCCAGCCCUUAUCAUGUGGAGAGACCUUAGCUCUAAAACAAACAGCAAAGAUACUGGAGCUUACACUGACCUGCAAAAUGACAGUGGCUCAGCUACACUUGUCAUCCAGAAUGUGACAGCAGAAGAUUCGGGACAGUACACCUGCACAGCAACACAUCCAGACACAACUGUAACAUCAUCUGUCAGUGUGAUUGUGUCUUGGUUUUCAAAGAUCCAGGAUGUCUCUGAAUGUGUGCUUCAAGCAGAGGUUUUGACCUGUGUGUGUAUCAGUGAAGGGUUUCCUUUACCUACCAUCAAAUGGCCGCUCCUAGGAAACCACAAAGAGUACGCUAUCAAAACGACUGUGUCAAAUCACACAGUCAACAGCACUGUCAGUCUAAAGGUAAAAAACUAUGGCAACAGCACUGUUGAAUGUGUGAGCAACAAUGAAAAGGGAGAAGCAAAAAAAAAUCUAAUGAUCCGAAGUGUGUUCGAUACAGUAGCUGACUCAUCGGUUUUGAACGUGGGAUAUUUAGAAAUCAUCAUUGCCUUUUUGAUUGGAGUAGUUCUUUCUGCAGUUGUUUGCUGUUUGAUUAAAAAAUGUUCAAGAAAAAAAACAAAGAAUUCUGGAAAUUUGGAUGAGACUUUGGAGAUGGUAACAAGUCAAGACGAUCCACAGCACAUAUAUGAUGGUCAAGAAACACAAGACAAUCAGUCCAACCCACAAGAAGAAGUUGAAGAUGAAAGUGUGGCAGCAGAGAAAGACGUGCCUGAACUCAGCGGUGCUCCGCAAGAAGUGGAGUAUGCAGACAUUGAUUUUUCCCUAUUGAAAAGAAACAGCAAGUCAGAGAGAAAGCAAGAACGCACAAAGACGGAUUAUGCUGAAAUUAAGAAAGCAAUAAAAGACAAACAGGAAGAUGAAAUGGUGAAGGGCGAGGAGGAGGAGAUGAUGACAGAGAUGGACCUGAAACAGUCUGAACUAGAAAAGGAGAAAGAGGAAGACGAGCCAGUGUACUCCACUGUGAAUGAUGUAAUCGACAAAAUUUGAGUUUCAUUGUGGGUUUCCCUCGGAUGAAUGUUCUUUGAUCUGGUGGUUUUGUGUAUGAAUAAUUCCACUUUGAACCAUUUUUCUCACACUGUCAUCUCCACACCUCUGCGUCUUAAAGUUGCGUCUCUGCAAAAUAAGAACUGGAACUUGGACAUAAUUUCCUAAUCCCUCUGUUAUUUUGCUGUCAUGUUUUUGGUUUAUUAAUCUUUUCAGGUAACAUUUUAAAUGUUUUAUUAUGCAAGGGUAAGUGUGCUUCUUUGGACUGAACACAUUUGCCUAACAUGUAAAAGGUCCCCAGUCAGGACCAAGAGAAGACAGCAGGCACAAACCAAGCCUCAGGGCAUCACAGCUAGUGUACUCUUAGUUUACAUCCCAGUCCCCAUUCAAUAGGAGUGUUAUGCCUCAAAGAUCAUCAGGCAUAAAAUCUGAGCCAAAUCCUAUCAGGUGUGGCAAUACUAACUUACCUAGAUUGUUUAAGGAUAAAUACUUGCUUGAAACGUCCAACAGGUGAGCACUUUUUAAUGGCCAAUAUUGUUCUCAUUCUGGGAAAUGUUACUCAACAAAUUCUUCCCGGGAUGCUUUUCUCUCUGGACAUUCUGUCAUAGCUUAAUGAGAUUAAUAAUUUUGAGUAUAAAACAUGUCUACUGUAGGUUAAAUGCCCUCUGCACAUUUGUUACACUCACCAGCAGAGGGCCGAGUAAACCCUUAAGUCAGACUGUAUCUUGUGGUCUAUGAGACUGUGAACCUGGUGCUUCUGCACUGACAGCUUGUAUAUUUUGCCUGGUCCUGCUUGGUGAGGUAAAAAAAAACAAAAAACGUUAGAUUUUCUACACCUCUGUUUCUCUAUUUAAAUUGUGUAAAACAAGCACAUUGUAAACUGUUAAAACUGGUCCAUAUUUUACUCACCUGUUUCAUAUCCUUUGUAUUUUUUCUGUGUGUCAUUGUGCGGUGUAAAUGUCUUCAACUUUUUAAAUUUAAAUAAUUAAUAUCUAAUUGAAUUAGUAAAUAAUUAGUAAGCAUGCACAAAUCACACUUUGUAUUUAUUUGAUUCCUUAUGUUAAAUUAUGCUGGACUAAUUCCUGAUAGUGUCUGCACAACACUCCACCAAGGACCAACUGUCCAACUGUCACUGUGAUCCACUGGUCUAAGCAAAAGUAGUAAAGACACAAAUACCAUUGCGAAUUCUAAUACUACAAAGUAUUGCAAUCAUAUUGCCUGCUGACUGUGGGUUAGUGGUAGUGAUGGGCAAAGCGAGGCUUUGCGGAACUUUGACGCAUUUAUGCAGGACUUGUAUCGCGGAUUAAAAAUAAUCUGACACCCAUCUCCACAGUGACACACCUUCACCCACUCUUUUGCUAAUCGUCACAUUUUGAUAAAAGCUAUCUGUGGCACAGACAAGCACUGCACACACACACACACACAAAAUGGCGCAUACUCAUUAUUACCACAUGUUUGGGUGGAUGGGUUUUUUUCCGUUCCGUUCAUUCACAGUAGCAAUAAACCUGCACAUGGGAGUUAGAGCUGAAAAUUUGUGCCUGUUUAAGUUUUCUCCUUGAAAGCAGAGGCAGUUUCUCUUGAGAUCAUUUAAUAAUUUUUCAGCACAAUGCAUUACUCUCUCUUUCUCUGCUUGUGGAAGUCAUUGGAGUCAGCAGGGGAGCUGGUCCCAGGUAGGGACUACUUGCGUGACCCCACCCCAGGGAAAAGGGUAACAUCUCCUGGUCUAGGAGCCGAUUGUCUCUCCGGGGUUGAGGGUAUCUGGACCUGGGGUGUAGAGUAUGUUUGGGGAGUGUGAGUGUG